GUCCCCUUCGCGCAACUGCUCGACGAUCCAUCAUCUCGCAUCGCGACGAAAAUCCAGCGCCGCACGUGCUUUCGUGGAGUUGAAUGCCGUACUUACAAUGGUCGGCGUGUCUGGAGGAUCGCGGGGAAAGAGGUAGCUACCCAUCGCGCGCGGAGUAUUUGAACCCCCGGGGGAUAAUCGAUAUCGUUUUCUUUCAGCCCCGAACGACAUCGGAGGAGGAAGCGGUAGAGGAGGAAGCGGCUGAGGAGGACGAGGAGGAAGAGACCUCUGAAGAAGAGGGAAGCUAUAACGAGUACAGCGAAGAAGAGCCGGGGGCGGUGAGUGAAGAGGAAGAAGAAGAAGAAGAAGAAGAAGAAGAAGAAGAAGAAGAAGAAGAAGAAGAAGAAGAAGAAGAAGAAGAAGAAGAAGAAGAAGAAGGAGAGGAGUCCGGGUGCGAAAGUUGGGGAGGAGAGGCCAAUCAGGCGGAAGUCCGAGAAGAGGAUCCUGCAGCAGCCGCAAGGAGGGAAGAGAUAGCGGCGGGGAAGCGGCCGUUGGAGCAUUCCAACGGCACUAAUUUGCCAAUCCCGGACGACCCGACCAGAGAUCCCGAGCCACCCAUGAUUGAGGAUGAGCUCCCUCCUGUAGAGACUUCGAGCGCGUCGGCGCAGAGGUGACAAAGCCGAUCCCCCUCCCCUUCCCCCUGUCCCUCAGUUUGAACACGUGGCGAUGCGGGGCAUCGGGCUACG